AUGUACGGGGUUUUCAGGGAGGCCAUGUUGGAUUUAGAGGGUCAUCUAAUCAAUUAACCAAAGCCCCAGUCAUGGACCCCCGAUAUAGUGUCCAAGACAUUCUCCUCUGUGACCUGUGUCAAACAGCUGCAUUACAGAGUCAUUGUGAACUUUGUCAUGUAAAUCUCUGUAUAGUCUGUGUUGGAAAACAUCUCUCUGAUUCAUCCAAAAGACACAAUGUUGUACCAUACAAACACAGAACAUCGACUCCUAACUACCCAAAAUGUCCAAACCACACCCAGAAACAUUGUGAACUUUACUGUGAGAAAUGUGACAUUCCUGUCUGUUCUACCUGCAUCUCCUCUGGGAAACAUAAAGGACAUGAUUUAUCUGAUGCUCUGCAAAGAUUAAGUUCUAAAACAAAAGACUUAGAAAAAGACUUGAAUGAACUAGAGAAAAGAAUUUAUCCUACAUACGAAGAAAUUACAUCAUAUUUAAACCCUGAAAAAGUUAACUUGAAAAAACAUUAUGAGAAACUGAAAACAGCUGUCAGCAAACAAGGAGAAGACUGGCACAGAGAAAUUAACAUCAUUGUCAACAAACAAAAAUCUGAAAUUGAUGAGAUGAAAUAUAACCACAUGGCUGCUCUAAAUAAACAGGAAAAAGAAAUUAAACAGAUUACUUCUGAUGUAAAACAGAGCAUACUUGAUCUCAAGAAAAUACUGGACUCCAAUGAUGUCUCCCUAACCUCUGCCUACAAAUCCAGGAAUGCUGAAUUCAGAAGUUUACCUCCUAAAGUCAAUGUUACAUUUCCAAGUUUCUCUCCUCAUAAGAUCAACACAGAACAGCUCCACCAAAUGUUUGGUUCUCUGUCAGCAUUAUCCAUUAAAACAGAAGAACGUGGCUACACAAUAAAGACACCAGAAGCUGUAUCCUGUCCUCCAGUCAAACCACUGCUUGAUAAACCAGAGCUCAUUGCAACCACAGACACUGGGUAUAAACCACUAUACAGUGUUACCUGUCUCAGUGAUGAAGAAAUAUGGACAUGUGGAGAAGACAAAAUCAUGAAACUCUACAACCUCCAGGGCAAACUACUGAAGUCAAUCCAAACCAAGUCAGGGGACAAACCAUGUGACAUAGCAGUGACAGGGAGUGGAUAUCUAGUUUAUACUGACUCUGAUACAAGAACUAUAAACAUAGUGAAGAAUAAAAAGAUACAGAAAGUGAUCAGACUACAGGGGUGGACACCUUACUGUGUCUGUAGUACCUCCUCUGGUGACCUCCUGGUUACCAUGCACAGUGUUGAUAAUAAACAAUCAAAAGUUGUCCGUUACUCUGGCUUCACAGAGAAACAAACCAUUCAGUUUGACAGUGAAGGUAAACCUCUGUAUUCAUCUGAUGGCCUUAAAUACAUCAGUGAGAACAGGAACCUGGAUAUCUGUGUGGCUGGCCAUGGAGCCAAAGCAGUAGUGGUAGUUAAUCAGGCAGGAAAACUCCGAUUUAGAUACACUGGUCAUCCCUCUAAUAACAAGAGAUCAUUCUAUCCACAUGGCAUCACAACAGACAGCCUGAGUCAGAUCCUGACAGCAGACUGUGACAACCACUGUAUCCACAUCCUAGAUCAGGAUGGACAGUUCCUCCGUUACAUUGAUAACUGUGAUCUAUACUAUCCAUGGGGUUUAUGUGUAGACACCAGAGACAACCUUUUUGUGGCUGAGUGGGACAGUGGUAAAGUGAAGAAAAUCAAAUACAUGUAAACAAUGUGUGCACAUAAAAUAUCUGCAACUGAGAUAAUCUCUCUGUGGCUGAGUGAAAUAGAAUUGUGAAGAUUUUCAAGUACUUGUAAACUGCAUUAUUACAUUAAAAUGUUUUAUCCUGUUAAUUAGUGUCUUAAUCAACAGUUAAUGGAAAUCAAAACUGCAUGACGUAUAAUUUGAUAAUGAU